CUCCCCUCAACCAAACCUAAUUACUCCGGAGUUGCGAGUCUUCCCAUCACCACCACAUAGCCAGGCUUCGGCAAGAAGAUGAGCUGAGCGGCUUGAUAUUUCUCUUUGUUGAAUGAACGCGACAAUUUGGACGACAGCAGCAAUCGGCCGACCGGAAUAACGGACAUGGCGAACCGAUACGGCGCACCCCCCGAGAGACAGGGCAACGGCUACGGCAAUUUUGGCGCCCCCGCGGCCCAGGGCGACAGUCGUGAUGCAUUCAAAAAGGAUGGCCUGAAGAUAGACAAGUAUGGUUCGCUUGGCGCAGGCCAAAGCAGGAACAUGGUGCCGUCGGGUCGAGCACCACCACCAGCUCAGGCACGCGCAGGCGGGUCGGAGAGCAACGCAGAACGACAAAUCACACAGGUCCUCGAGCAUAUCCGUGCUGAUUGGCCGUCAAUGUGCAACGAUGAGGGUAUUCCUGUGCAGUUGGCCCUGCAGCUUCUCGAUACUAGCUCUGUUGGCCGUGCCCAUGACUACCGCAAGUUUCAAAGCACGCAUACGUACCUGCAAGACUCUCUCAAGAAUAUUGUACAUGAACAUCAUCAGGGCUUCAACAGUUCUAUAGGAACGUUCCACAAAAUCCAAAGCAGCAUCAACGUAUCUCAGCGCCGAGUGCGUGCUUUGAAAGAGUCUCUUGCAGGGACAACGGCAAGCCUUUGCUCGACAGACCCCGAGCUGAAGAAGCUCUCUGAAACCUCCGAGGAAUAUGAUGAGCUGCUCCAGACUCUACAAGAAUUGGACGACCUGCGCGCGGUUCCUGAUCAGCUUGAAGCACGCAUUUCAGAAAAGCGGUUCUUGACAGCAGUCGAGGUUUUACAGACGGCUUUGCGAAAACUACGUAAACCUGAACUCGACGAUAUUGGUGCCUUAAACGACCUCCGAAACUACUUAACUAACCAAGAGACAGCACUAAUGGAUAUCUUGGUCGAAGAGUUGCACGAACAUCUAUAUCUCAAGUCACCAUAUUGUCAGGACAGAUGGCAGAGCCUCUCUAAGACACAAGGAGCAUACACUGAGAUGUUUAGCGAAAACACUCUAGUUCCUUUUCACGAGAUAUUAGGAUCUAUGGACCUUGAUAGAUCAGUCACGGAAGAUCCGAUGAAGAAUCCAGAGGCUGACACGUUCUACUACGUGAGCCUGUUGGUGGAGGCAUUGAACAAGCUCGGACGAUUGCAAAAUGCAGUGGAAAACUUGAAGCAAAGAAUGCCAGUUGAGCUGUUUGCAAUUGUAAACGAAACAAUCAAUGAGAUGGAUCAAAAGCACCCUAGCUCGCUGCGUGGUGGGCUCACAAAUACCGAGGGUCUAAACAUUUACAGCACGCGAGAAACCCAGAUGCGAACAGAAGUUAUACAUGACCUUCUUUGGACAUUAUACGGCAAAUUCGAGGCCAUUGGAGAAGGACACCGCGUCUUCCACGAGUCAAUCAAAGCCCUCAUUCGACGUGAGGGUGCAGGCAACAACAGUGCCUUGCUGGGCAGCUUUAAAGAACUUUGGAACCUGUACCAGAACGAAAUCAGGUCCCUCUUGCACAAUUACGUCACGACAGAUGCAGAUGUUUAUCAAUUCGAUUCACCAAACCCUGGCUCUACGUUCAACGGGAAAAAAGACAUGGUUCGCGAGAAUCUUUUCAAGUUUGCGGAAGUGGACACACGUUCAGUUGACAUUGUGACCGAGUACGAUGCCUUGGAAGGUAUCGUCCAGGCUACUGUGCCAGGCUUAACCAACGGUUCACGGAAGCCAAAUGCCGAUAGCAAGCGAAACAGGCUGGCACUGGAAGAGUCAAACAUGAGACGCAAUACAAUGCUGGGUCUCCCAGGCUCGCGCUCAAAUACAGGUUCCUAUAAGAGCCUUGUUGAGCCUUCUGUAUUCAACAUGAGCUUGCUGCUCCCUCCUACACUUGUAUUUCUCCAGCGAUUAAAGGCCAUUGUCCCCCCUGGAUCCGACCUUGCAACCAGCACAUUGACGACGUUCUUGGACAAUUUCCUAGUAAACGUGUUCCAACCCCAACUGGACGAGACUUUGGCUAAGCUGAGCGAUACCGUGCUGAGUGAGAUGGACGCCUUUUCCGAGGAUCCCAACUGGACACAGUUCUCUCGCCGACCUGUAUUCAAAGGUACAACUGCAUUUUUCCAAGUUGUGACAGCGUUCUGUCGCAUGUUGGGUACAAUUCCUCCAGAUCAGGCACUCAGUGCGCUUAUUGUAACGCAAAUGACGCGGUACUAUGACCGUUGUUUCUCGUGGUACAAGCUACUUGUGACAAAGACCCAAGAACAGACUUCAGACUCUAGCAAUCUUCGCGCGUCAUCACGGUUUGCCCUCCAGCCUGAUGAGCUGCACGAGACUAUGAAGCAGCUAUGGCUCGCUGAGGAGACCGAUUUCGAUCUCCUGGAGAAGGAAGCACAUCUGCUUAUUGAGCAUACCAGCACUUCUCGUCUAGAACCCAACGACAUCAUCCAAGAUCGUGAGACAAUAUCAUCCCUGUGUCUACUCUACACGAGUAUGAAGUGGCUCUCGGCCAAGAUUACUGAAUUGCGAUACAUCACGCUCCAUGAGACGGAUUCGUCGCGACAGAGCUUGCCUAAGCAGAGCAACCGCCGAUGGACAUUUAUGAAUGACUUUACCAAGACAACCACGGAAGAUGGGCCAGUGCGCCUGCCUCUUACCCAGGAAACAGUUCAGACAUUUGAUACCAUUGUUACGUCGUACGAGGAGCUUGCCGGAACAGCUCUACUCAACUUACACAUGGAGGUGCGCUGCCGUAUAGUACACUCACUGCAUAACUCGCUGUCACCCAACAUUGCGCCAUACCUUUUGGAUCAAGAGGUGCGCCAACCUGACCCGCCAAUUCUGGCUCUCAACCAGGAGCUUGUUGUCUUUGACGAGACAGCGGCUACAUAUCUGCGAGGCAAAGAAAUCACGUUUAUCCGUACUGGUCUGGGCAUGUUGAUCAACAACUAUCUAAUUGGCAAGGCUACCAUGGCAUCUCCCAUGAACCAGAACGGUAGCGGGCGUAUGCAGCUCAACAUUCUUGUACUGCAGCAAAAUCUCAAGAAUGUCGAGGAGGGCGUGGAUUUGGCACGAGCUGCAAACUACUUUGCGCUGUUUGACAAUGGUGCUGAUGCAGUCAUUCUCAAAGCCAAGGCGGAUCAAGGCAAGAGCAUUGGCUCAGCGCAGCGAGAGUCGAAUGUGUUUUCGUUUGAGGAGCUCAAGGGCCUGAUUGAGCUGUGCUACAGCGAGCAGAUGGCUGACUCGGAGCGCGGUAUCGCGUCGGCAGCCAAGAAACAAAUGGCUGGUAAGGUUGCCGAGCUACAAGAGCAAAUGUCGUGAGUUGGGGGCUAGGCAUCGGAGUUUCUGGUCAUGUACGAGAGGUUAUGAAUGGAUUUGUAUGCUUAGAUGAUAUCAUGGUAUAGCAAUAGAUGAGUCAAUUAUAAAUAUUGUGCUGAAU